AUGCAUGUGCUAGCCCGAGGGGUUUGCCGAGCAGCCACACGGGCCCUUAAGAUGCCAUUACCAUUGCCAGCUGCGGGCAGCGGCCACUGUGAGCGGCUGGACCUGGGGGCCAGUGGUCUGGGAAAAGUGUCAUCGAAGAAAGUCACAGCAAUGCUGAUGGCGUACGGUUACCUUGCUAGCACAGUGCCCUCCUUGAAGGCCCGUGAAGUUUCAGGAAGAGUCGAUCACACGACCUGCCCGGCCAUAGAGCACCUCCACGCCUCCACGGAGCCGACUCCCCUGGUGCGGCACGGCUCAUCAUCACCACUGUCAUUAUCAUCACCUUCAUCUCCAUGAUCACCACCAUCAUCUUCAUCAUCACCACCAGUGUCAUCAUCAUGUCAUCAUCACCACCACCAUCAUCACCAUCACCCUCAUCACCACCAUUGUCAUCAUCACAUCACCACCAGUGUCAUCAUCACCUUCAUCUCCACCAUGAUCACCACCAUCAUCUUCAUCAUCACCACCAGUGUCAUCAUCACCACCACCAUCAUCACCAUCACCCUCAUCACCACCAUUGUCAUCAUCACAUCACCACCAGUGUCAUCAUCACCACCACCAUCAUCAUUACCACCAGUCAUCAUCACUGUCACCACCAUCAUCACCAUCACCACUAUGAUCAUCAUCACCACCAUCAUCACCAUCCCCAUUGUCAUCACCAUCACCACCAUCAUCACCACCACCAUUUCAUCACCACCAUUAUCACCAUCACCACCAUCACCAUCAUCAUCACCACCA